UAAUGUAUGCCAGAACAACACCUGCAAUAAAGAAAAGAUUACAAUUUACAAAUCUACUUGGAAUCUUAUUAUAAUUGUCAGUCUCAAGUUUCUUCAAUUACACAACCCUUUCAUUAAGAUUAUUAUCAAAUCUGAUAUUGUUUCUCUUUGUCUGUUGCAGACUGAGGUGAUCAAAGGACCAUCUGGGAGCGUGGGAAUGACGUUCAGGCAUGUCCCUGCCAGUGAUGGUGACACGGUGCAUGUAAGCAUAGAGACUGUCACCCCAAACUCCCCAGCUGCCCUGGCGGACUUACAGAGAGGAGAUCGCCUCAUUGCUAUUGGAGGAGUCAAAGUGACGUCCUCUGUCCAAGUGCCGAAGCUGCUAAAACAAGCUGGAGAAAGAGUGAUAGUUUUAUAUGAGAGGCCGGUCCGGCACCUGGUGCCUACUGUGGGCUUGGGGACGCUCCAAGAAACCCUAGGACCAAUGGAGGAACCCAGUUAUCUUCAUCAUCCUGGGGGCUACGAGGAGGACCCAGCCCCGAUAACCACCAUGGACAUAUCUGAUCACAGAGACAAUGACUCUGAGUUUGAGGAGCUAAUCGUUGAGUCCAAAUCAACUCCAGCUCCAGUCACUGUUGACACUAAGGAGGAUUUCCUGCUCUCUGUAAACCAAAGUCCAAAAAAAACUGUGGCCAACUUGGCCAAACCCCUUGGUUCCAUCUCACCAAUUCUCAACCGCAGACUGAACCUUCAGUCCCCACUCAAACCCCAGCCCAAAGAAUCACCAAAGGCACCAACUCUCAAGGCUGCUGAACCUUCUGAACCACCACAGAGACCAAUGGUGCCCCCUCCUCCACCACCUACACGCCCUCCUGUCCCUCCCAGGCCCCAUAUAAAAGUCACAUCUGCAUCUUCAGAAACCCAGAGCUUGUUUGAAGGUAAUGAACCUGUGGUGGAAAAAAGUCCAGAGAAAACACAACCCACUGCUGGCAGUGGUGACAAAACAGUAGAGAAAAUCCCUGUGAAGUCACCAGAGCCAAAGCCUGUGAGUAAGCACCCAGAGCUUGCAGAGGAAAUCCCAAAUAUUCCAGCCACAAACAAGCAAGAUUCAGCCAAAGACAAGAUAUCCGAGAGCUCCUCCAACACUAGAGACAGUGUCGAUGAGCAGGGUCUCUGGGAAUCAUCUGAAAUCAUGUACCGCAGCAGAGCUGCCCGAUGGAACAAAGCCUCUGUGAUCUUUGAGGUGGAAAGCCACUACAAAUUCCUUAAUGUAGCACUUUGGUGCAAGGACCCCUUCAAGCUUGGUAGUCUCUUGUGCUUAGGGCACGUCAGCUUGCGCUUGGAACACAUAGCACUGGAAUGCUUAGCUACAUCAUCUGCUGAAUAUCAGAGCACCUUUCGUCUAUGUGCUCCUGAACCAAGGGCCAGCGUCAGCCGUACUGCUUUGCGCAGCUUGAGCACUCACAAAGGUUUCAAUGAGAAACUCUGUUACGGAGAUGUUACCCUCAACUUCACUUACCUUGCAGAUGGGGAGUCAGACCUCUCCAGUGGAUUGGUAGAACGUGAGUGGCAUGGAAGUCUUCAGGAAGAGGACUUAAAAGACCGGGAAAAGGAACGGGAGCAGGUACUCAUGGCAACCCGGGAUGAACCAAGCUACAGCGGCAUGCAGUUUGGAGAUAUGCGGCACAAUUUUCAAGACACUCAGUUCCAGAAUCCCACUUAUUGCGAUUAUUGCAAGAAGAAGGUGUGGACCAAGGCUGCCUCACAGUGCAUGACCUGUUCUUAUGUCUGUCACAAGAAGUGUCAGGAGAAGUGUCUAACAGAGUUUCCUAAAUGCGUAGCUGCCUCAGUCCGACGUGGAGCAGAUCCUGAGGCCAAGUCUACCAUCAAUCGGGCAACUACUGGCCUUACACGUCACAUUAUCAAUACUAGCUCUCGACUACUCAAUCUGAGGCAGGUGCCCAAAGCCAGACUUGCAGAACAGGUUGCAGAAAUAGGAUCAGGACCGGUGGAGCCUUCUCCGAAACAGACACCUAACACAUCUGACAAUGAGAGCAGUGACACAGAGACCUAUACUGGGGCCAGUCCUUCCAAGCAGCCACCUGGUAGUAGUGGCUCCAAACUGGUGCGGAAGGAAGGUGGGCUGGAUGACAGCGUCUUCAUUGCCGUCAAAGAGAUUGGUCGAGAUCUUUACCGUGGCCUCCCAACAGAUGAGCGUUCACAUAAACUGGAGUUGAUGUUGGACAAGUUGCAGCAGGAGAUUGACCAGGAGCUGGAGCAUAACAACACUUUGAGUGUGGAAGAGCGAGAAACGAUUGAUUCCCGGCACAAGGCCCUCAUCUCAGCAGCUCUGGCCAAGUCCGGUGAACGACUCCAAGCGUUGACUCUGCUCAUGAUUCACUACCGUGCUGGCAUCGAAGACCUAGAGUCUGUUGAUAGCACCUCACCAUCUGAACAGCAUGGCUUUCCAAAGACCAAAACAGAGGGUCUGGAAGAGUCGCUGAUGGGCACAGAAGUGUACGACAGUGACAUAUGCAGUCCUGUUGGUGUUCAGAUGCUGGAUGAGAUUACAGAUGAGCAGAUCUGUGUAGAGGCAUUACAGUAAAAUGACAGAAGGCAUCAGGGGCUUGGGAUUCAAGAACAAAUACUUUUUCUCAAGUAUGACUUGAGGUUUGCAAAAGUAUUCCUAAAGAUGUACUGUCAAUUGAGGAAUUUUGUGAGAGUGUCAGUAGUUUACCAAUUUUUUUAUUUUAAUUUUUUUUCAUAAAUACCCCCCCCCCCAUCUUUAGUCAUUGAUUACUGUUUUAGAGGACAGAACCAUCAGUCUGUAGACUUUUGUUAGUAUUACAUCAAAUACACAGAAUGUGAGUUCCCAUGACAUGAUCCAUCCAAGUUUUAACUGCCUUACCUGAAAGGUGCAGUUAAUUUUUUUUUUUACAUAAGCUUAAGUAGGGAGAGGUGUGAGUUUGAAGCAAGAUGAGCUUGAAUACAUAUUUUUAUUUUUAUUUUGUUCAUUGGUAGAGACUGAAUUAUAUACAUGUAUGCUCUUAGUUAUGCUCAUGGUUGGAAAUAUACCUUGUCCAUUGUGUUUUAAGCGUCAAGCCCCUCACUACAAAAUGUUGGAUUAUAUCCUGAAUAACAGUCCAUAGAACAUGAUGCCAUUCCUAACCAACAUUUUUUUCUCUGAUAAGCACCUUUUGUUCCUAAUUGUUUUUAAUUUUAAAGCAUUAUUUCUUUAAUGUUUAUGUUUUGUUAUUUUUUUAAAUGUUUAAUGUUGAACUGAGAGGGAAUCAUCAUAGGACAAAUAAUCUUGAGGUUAUUAUUCUACUGGGGACCAUUCUUUGUCUAAUUUAAAUUUGUCACAAAGCCAAUGUGACUUUAUUUUUGUUUAGUUUUUUUGAGGGAAGUAUAUUUAUAUUGCAUAUGUGUGUUUCAUAAUAUAUGUUUCCAAUAAUUGCCAUUACAUAAUCUCACAAUUAAUUUGUUUUGAGGCUUUAUGAGUUCUAAUAUGCUGGCGAUUUUUCUCAAACCAGUUUGGAUACUUUUUUAUCCUCCAUCAGUUGGUCCGGGUGAAUGGUUAUAUAUGUUUGAAUAUUUCAGUCUGUUAGUUUUUGGUUUGAUUUAUGUAUUGGAAUGUGUAAUUUUGAUUAUCAUGCAAGCAAACUUUCAGUACGUCUAACAUCUGUGUGCGUUCGCAUGCAUUGUUGUCAUUGAGAGUUGAUUUUACAUGUUUACUAAUGAAUUUAUCUCCUAAAUGACUAACUUUACAUUCAUUAUUCCGUUCACCUCUCAAACACAUCUCUCAACCUGUAAAACUACAUCAUUAAAAACUCUUUUGUCAAUGCAUAUAGUAUUCCUUAAUUCCCAAAGCUAAUGUUUAAGUUCAUGAACAGUCUGUAACCUGUCUGCUCAUUCUGGCCUCUGUCUGUAUAUUGCUGGUUAGUUUUCAUUUACUUCAUUUACUUUAAAUGGACUUGGAAUUGAUCAAUGAAAGACUUUUUUUUUGCUGUUACUACAUGUGUUUUACACAUGAACAACUGUAACUGGCUACAUGCAUUACUGGAUCAGUUUUCCUGAAUUAAAGCUUUUUAGUAAAAACAAAUGACUAGGCCUUUAGGUGGCGAGAACAAAACUCUUAAUCCAGACAUGGUCAACUUUGGUCUUGGAGAGCCAUAGUCCUAAAGAGUUUUGCUCCAAGUCUGAUUAAAAACUGACCUGCCUGUAGCUUUCUAGUAAUCCUUAGACCCUGAUUAGCUUGAUCAGGUGUGUUUGAUUAGAGUUAGCGAAACUCUGCAGGACUGUGUCUCUCCAGGACAGAAGUCCUAGUUUUGUCCUAGUCCAACCAAUCUGUGUUAACAGUCAUGCUGUCCUUGUUAACAUUUCUGCUGCUAUAUCAUCUAUUGAUUGGGCCUGGGACAUCAGUUUGGUCCACCUUACCCUGGCUCAAUGAGUAUGUAUCACCAUAGAGGACCUUUGUGGGCCCCUCUGGUCACAAGGCCUUGGACAGUAUACACUAUUCAGCUGCUGUAGAAUUGGUCUGUUUUUGCUUGUGCAUUAUUUGCAUAAGUUGUUGAAGGAAGGAAUAACAUUAAAUGGUAAGGUGUUUUUUUUCUCUCUUGGCUUCUUGUCUAGUUGCUGCUGCUGUAAUCCCAUGCUUCUCAAUACAACACCACCAUCAUAUGCUCUCAAAAUAUUUCUCCAAUUAUUAAAAAAAAAUAAUAAGUAUGAAACAUCACAUCCUCUUUGGCAAACUGUGGUUAAGCUUUUCUGAGAAAGCUCUUGUUCUUAUUGGAAGCUGUGUCAUGUUUUAAAGCGCUAUUGUAAAAAGCCUAGUAAUGUAGGUGACUUUAAACCAUGUUCUUUCUCCCUGAACUUCUAUAGUGUUCAACAUGUGGGUUCAUCCUUUCUUUUUUGCUGCUGUUGUUAUUGCUUAAUGUAAAUAUGAUUUUGUUCUUUUGUGGGUUUUAUUUAUGGUGGAGGGCAUCUUCCGACAAAGUGCACAGCUUUUAAACUUGCUGCAAGACCUUUACGCACUGACAUAUCAUAUUUGCUUAUGCACUUGAGAUAAAUAAAUUAUUAGAAAUGAAAAAAA